CUGAAGUGUAUGUUUGGCACAAAAUCUAAAAUUAAAGCUGAGAGAUUAUAUAGCAGCUUUAUACACUAGCCGUGGUAGGUAGGCAUUACACAACAAAGACCACCACUGCCCGAAAACCAAAACACAAAACAAAACAAAGAAGAGAAAAAUAAAAGGAUAUGGCUUGUCAUCUUCGUAUGAACAGAAAACUUGUGUUUAUAUCACUUCUCAUAAUCUCUCCGAUCUCAGUUAAAGAGUUGGGAGCCAGAGCGGACGAGCAGCUGAUGAUAAAAGAGUGCCACAAUGCCAACGUCCCGACCACAUGCAUGCAAUGUCUGAAAUCAGACCCGACUUCCCCCCAAGCUGACCCUGUAGGAAUUGCCAGAAUCAUCGUCAAAUGUCUCCAAACUAACCUCGACGUCCUGUCCAUGAACAUAACGAGCAUAGCUUCGAAAGAAGGAGAGGGAGGGAUAAAGGCAGCAUUGGAAGAGUGCAACAAGCAAUUCCCAGAGACGAGGAAGGAUCUGUCGGAGGCCGACAAUGGUCUGAAGGAGGGAAAGUACGACGAAGCAGCACAUUCCAUAAUUGAGGGGAUACAGAAUCCAGUGACCUGCCAGACUACUCUUCAAAAACUACAGUUCCAAGGUUCACCCGAAGUUUAUUACUACAUCAAUCUCUUAAAGGAACUCGCCGAUGCUGCUAUGAGGAUCAUCGACCGUCUCUAAGUCCCAUUUUCUUUUUCUUUUCCUGGUAUUCGCAGUCCCUCUAAUUAAUUAUGGUAAUCGUAUCAUUUAAAUAAAAAAAUAAAUAUUCUCUUUCGUUUGUGGCUCUA